AUGGAAGUAGGGACUAGUGGUACCGGUGGCUCUGGUGGUGGCGCUGGCGCGGGCGUUGAAGGGUUUGAUCAGAAGAAGCAAUGCCGUAGGACUGGGUCCAGAGGGACCUGGAGGUGCAAGUCAGAAGCUGUUCCUGGCAAGGCUCUCUGCCAGAGGCACGAAAUCGAGUACAAACGUUUGUAUGAGAGGAGGAAAAUGAGAAAACUCCAGCAGAAGGAAAAUCAAGAAACCCGCAGUGGUGGGAAUUCUAAAGCCGUUUCUGUAAAUAGGGAUGUGGGUGGUGAUGGGGAGGCGGCAUGGGGCAAGAAAAAGAAGGUAAUUGAGGGCAGAGAAAGUGAAGGACAAUUGGGUGUGGUUGUUGGGAAUGAUAUUGAGGCAAUGCCGGUGGCCGAUGAUGAAGAUGGUGAGGAUGAAGUAAAGAGUGUUGGAGUCAGAGGAAAGGGGGACAUCUUAGGUACGGUUGGGUUGAUGCCGUUGGCAGGAAACGAUGAUAAAUCUAGUGAAAUUCAUACAUCGUCUGGCAAUGUUGAGAGAGUCAUAGGCAUAGAAUUUGCAGGUGAUAAUGAGGGAGAUGAGACAAUUAAGAAAUAUGAUGGUGGUGGCAGUGCACUUCAAUCAAAGGGUAGUAGAGGGCGACCCAAGGGUUCAAAAAAUAAGAUGCCUUCUGACAAGAAAGGGUGUAGCAAGACCAAGGGGCUUAAGAAAAAUCAGCAGCUGCUUGGUUCUAGUGAUGUUCAGAUGUCUUCUGAAAGGUCACGGGAAUGUCGGAUGCCACCAAACAGAAGGAGCACUGGGGGUCAAUGUGUCACCAAUGCUUCAAGAGUGAUAAUAUUGGUGUUGUCAUCUGUUCAAAAUGCAAGACAAAACACUACUGUUAUGAGUGCAUUGCAAAGUGGUAAAGAGACUUACUGGUAUCCCGAGAGGACAAAGGAGGACGUUUUGAAAUCAUGCCCAUUUUGCUGUGGGAAUUGUAAUUGCAAAAUUUGCCUUAAAGUACUCGAAAAGGGGUGCUGCCAAGAAACCAAUGAUAGUAUCAGACUGGAAAGGUCCCUAUAUUUGCUAAUUAACAUUCUACCUGUCCUGAGGCAUAUACAACAAGAGCAGAGGUCUGAGCUAGACAUUGAAGCCUGCAUACGUGGUGUUCAUUUUACUGAGGAUGAUAUACUGGUUGCUGUAUUUGAGGAAGAUGAUCGGAUAUACUGCAACAAUUGCAAGACAUCCAUUGUCAAUUUCCACAGAAGCUGCCAGAAUCCAGAUUGUUUUUAUGAUCUCUGCCUUGAUUGUUGUUCUGAACUCAGAAAAGGUAUUCAGCCUGGAGAUAUUGAGGCAAAAACUCUUAAUGCAUCUGUUGAAACAAGUCAGGAUCAAGUAAAUGGCCAUGUACAUGACAUGUCUUUUGACUUCCCUAAAUGGGAAGCGAAGAUUAAUGGCAGCAUACGAUGUCCUCCCAAAGAGCACGGUGGUUGUGGUUCCGAGGAUCUAGUGCUCAGACGCAUUUUUGACGCUAAUUGGGUGGAAGAAUUAAUAAGGCGUACGGAGGACCUUACGUCUGGUUACCAGUCAACACAUAUAGAAUUUUCUCAAAAAUGUUGGUUGUGCCUUGUUAAUCAUUCUGCUCAUGAUGCUAAUACUCUUUCGGAAGUAAGACAAGCAGCAUGGAGGGACAACAGUCAAGAUAACUUUCUGUACUGUCCUAAUGCUAUUGAUCCAGGAUAUUCGGAGUUUGAACAUUUUCAAAUGCAUUGGAGGAGAGGUGAACCUGUCAUUGUUAGAAAUACAAUGGCAAAGGCCUCGGGUCUUAGUUGGGGGCCAAUGGUGAUGUGGAGGGCCCUCAAACAUGCAAGCAAAAAUUUAGAAGCACAUAAUUACCGUGUGAAGGCUAUUGACUGCAUGGAUUGGUGUGAGGUUGAGAUUACUAUUGACCAGUUCUUUAGGGGCUACUUAGAGGGCCGUAAGCAUAUAAAUGGUUGGCCUGAAAUGCUGAAGUUGAAGGACUGGCCACCUACUACUUUAUUUGAAGAAUGUUUAUCAAGUCAUGUUUCUGAAUUCAUGGCCGUGCUUCCCUUCAGUGAUUACACCCAUCCUAAAUCUGGUCUCUUGAAUCUUGCUACUAAGCUUCCCGAGGGUGCCUUAAAACCUGACUUGGGACCUAAAACUUAUAUUGCCUAUGGAUCUUUAGAAGAACUCGGUGUAGGCGAUUCAGUUACCAAUUUACACUAUGACAUCUCUGAUGUGGUGAACAUAUUGACACAUACUACGGAGAUGAUGACUACCUCACCGAAAAGAAAAAGGAAUGCUAAAACAAGAAGGGAAUCUGAGUUUGAAGAUUCGACCAUGCCCAAUGAUUCUCUUCGAAGUGGUGAAGACUGUCCCAAGACUGUACUUGGAGGGGCUGUUUGGGACAUUUUUCGUAGGCAGGAUGUGCCCAAAUUGACGGAAUACUUGCAAAAGAAUUGGAAAGACUAUAACCAUUUUAAAACUUCUUCAGAUUCUGUUGUUCAUCCUAUUCAUGACCGGACUUUUUAUCUAAAUGAGAAGCACAAGAAACAGUUGAAGGAGGAGUUCGGCGUUGAACCUUGGACGUUUGAGCAAUACCGUGGCGAGGCUGUGCUCAUUCCCGCUGGAUGCCCACAUCAAGUGCGAAAUAGACAGUCCUGUACGAAAGUCGCUGUUGAUUUUGUAUCCCCCGACAGUGUACAAGAGUGUAUCAAAUUGACGAAGGAGUUUCGUUUACAUCCUCAAAAUCAUAUAUCUAAGCAAGAUAUACUAGAGGUGAAGAAGCUGGCUAUUUUUGCUGCAAGUGUUGCCACAACUGAAGCGAAAAAUUUGAUGUCUAAACUUGAGAAUGCCAAUGAAUCGAAUUCUUAUGUGGUCCACUUAGCACGUCAGAGACCGUUCUUCUUCUCGCCCAAAUGUGACCUCCAAGAACCCUGCAAAGACAAUCCACCGGCGCUGAUUGCUCUCCGCGCUGCGUUGCGACCCUGUUUCAGAAUUUCAGGAGUUUGGGUAGGCGGUGGCUGUCUUCUACUCUUCGCAAAUUCCACACCCCAACUCCCCCAUCUUCUUCUUCUCUGA